AUGAAGCUCACUCUCCCCGUCACCCUCCUGGCCGUCGCCGCCUCGGCGUCGGUCGUGGAUCAUGACAAUACAUACUGCCACGCCGAGGGCCAGGCAUGCGACACCGUCAAGCGCGCUGCCGACGCUUUCGCCGACGCUAUCGCCCAGAACGACGAGAUCGCCACCCGUGACGAGACCAACGGCGAGACUGCCUGGAUCGUCAACCGCCAGCUUCACGAGCUCGCCCUCUCCACUGCCGCCACUCGCGGCGAGCCCGACUACUGGUACCGCUCUCUCACCCCGUCCCGCAGCGCGGCGGACGCGGACAAGGCCAACGAGAAGCGCGCCGACGAGCCCUGGUGCACUCGCUUCCUUGGCCAGCCAUGUUGGGGCAAGCGCGAUGCCGAGCCGCUAAGCGCGCCGCUUCCGCCCGUCAAUGACGCCAUCGAGCAUGGCAACGCGCUCAAGAUGGCCCGCGACGCUGACCCCAAGUACUGCACUCGCUCCUUCGGCGGCUCCUGCUGGAAGCGCGACGCCUGGUGCAACAGCCCCGCCGGCCUCUGCACCAAAGCCACCUGCGACCUCCACGCCAUGUGGAACGCUGCCCGCGCCGUCAUCGACGCUUGGCCAUCUUUCUUCUCUACCGAAGGGGCUUCAAGUUCCUCAGCAUGCAGCGUCAAGCCUGCCUUGUCGAACAUGGCGCUACGUCAAUGGUAG